AUCUGCACAGUGGCGAGGAGCUGGUUUGCAAGGUAAUGCCUCUCCUCCUUGUUAUCCUCACGUCUCGUGUCAGUUUCCCGUGUCUCGCAGGAGGGCCGAGUGCAGCCGUGGGCUUCAAUUAUUAAACACUUUUAAAAAUGAAAGGCGCAGGAGAGGCAUUCAGGGCGCAUCCUGGAACUUUUCCCUCUCUCCAGACAAUGGCCACGUUCUAGCGGUGGCCCGCAGCCAGCUCUGCCUCUCACCCCGGGGACAUUGUUCUGGAAAGAGCCGUCCUUUAAGUAGGUCUUAGAGGGAGUUCAGGGCAGGAGAAAACCUCGUCUUCCCCACUCUCACUUCUCAAAACGGAAUGGGGAAUCGCCAGCUUGUUUGGAGGUGUUGGGACCUGCUGGCUGCCUCGUUUUUUUUUUUUUCCCCAUCCCUUGUUCUGGUACGGAAGAGGAUGUGGAAGCGAGAAGGUCACAAUCAGCUUUGUCUCAAAAAGUGAUUUAAAAAAGAAAAAAAAAAAAAAACCCACAUCGAAUGAAUCAGCCCGAGCUCCCUCACCAUGGAGCUUGUUUGCAAACAUCAUCCUCCCCCAUUGCACAACUGAGCAAGAAUAAAACCUGCACACCUACGGCUUUCGGAGGAGCAGACAAAAUAGCUGGCCCGCUCUUUGUAGCCAGUCUGCUCUCCGUGCCUCCUCCCUGAUUGCUCUGCCCUUAGAGGUGAGCUGUUGGAGGAAGACCCCCACGUGUGUGCACGUCUGUCGAGGGAUGUUAUGCUCCUUUUGGGCUGAGGGAAUAUUUUCCUUUGUUCCUAAAUUGCAGAUCUCAUUGUCUGUAGUGAGCCAGACUUGUGCCCCGCAGUAGUAGUUCUUGUAACUAUGGAGCAGAUUGCAACCUUGCAGCAGGCGCUGCAGUAUUUGCAUUGUUCCUGAAAUAGAGAAUUGUGCCCUUUGGCAGUCUUGGGUGUCAAACUAGUGCAAAAACUGAGAAGUAGACAUACUGUAACUCGCUCACAUUCCAGGGAUUAAUGCUCGUGUUGCUGAUGGUUUCAUACUUCUGUGCUCAAUUCAUAAGUUCAGGACUGGCUCGUAGCAGGGAAGUGAAAAUAAUCGCUCCUGUUUCUCUGUUUGUAGAGCCCGGAGUUCAGAAGGCGAUUUAAAUGUGCUCAUUGAUUGAGUUAUACAACCUGAUGUUAAGGCAACUUCGGACUUUGUGUGCUUAUUCAGGGAGAAAAAAAGGGCCCGUGACUUUGCAAAGGGCUAAUAUUGCAUGCUGAAGUGAAUGCUUUGUUACUAAACUGAAACAGAGCAGGAGAAUUUCUAGAAUGAAAGCCAGCUCGGUGCAGCAGCACAGUGCUGCACUCUAGGACAUUGGCAUCUUUUCAUGAAAUAAACAGAUCCCACAAAGCUGCUGCUCUGUGUGAAAUCAUAGGUGAACUCGCGUGGCGAGUGGUGAAGCGGGGGCUCUGCUCUCCUUUGUUUCCUGUUUGGUUUGCAGGAUUAAGGUGGUGUUUUGGUAACAGCAGGAGUGGCGUGGCCGCAGCUCACAAAAGGCUGGACUUGAUUUCUUUCCUCCCUUUAAGCUGUAUGUUUUUAAGCUGAUCCUGACGUUUCAAUAGUAUCAGUUUUUCCAUGUGUGCAAGGCAUUACUUCUAGCGGGGCUCCAAAAAUAUUAUCCUGGCUUGAAUUGCCGGUUUGUGAAUAUGCAGUUCUCAGUCCUGAACUCAUCUUAAUUUAAAGCCUUCUUUAAAAUGCCUGUGGUAACAUGACUGCUAUUUGUCAAGUAGCCUUCCGGCGAAGAGACCUGCUAUCUGGUAUCUUAUUGAAGAUGCUCUUGGAGAUUGCUUGCACAAACAUUGGGUUGGAUAACAGACACAUACUGAUGAUUCUCAAGAUUCAUUUGGCUGCACCCACUGACUGUACAGAUGCCGUUAUUUGCUUCAAGGCUCUAUGGCAUCCAAACAAUGGUAACUUCUCACUUCCAAUUCCCAGCGAGAACUAAAUCAAACUGCAGCUUAUUGGACGUUUGCUGAAUUGAGGCCAGGGAUUUUAGAAGCUGGGAUACAAAGAAGCCUUUUAUAAAAGGUAUUCUACCCUGUAGCAGUGUGACGGUGCUUCCCAUCUCCCCCUUUUCAAACAUAGAGCUGAUACAGAUCCAUACCUGCUUAACCUAGCCCAGCAUCCACAAAAUGUGGCAAAUUUCUAUCAGGACAGCCUGGUUAGGAGAGAGUUCUGGACUUUUUUCACAAGGGAUUUGAGCUCUGUGAAAAUUCCCUCUUAAAUUUUAUUUUACAGCAGCCUCUUUGUAGCGUGGCCAUUCACUUAGAGUUCGGAGAUAUAAAUGUCAAUGAGUUCUCCUCUGGAAUGAUUUACACCCGGGUGAUUUCAGCAACACCCCUCCUCAGUUCUGCUUCCUUGGCUCGCUGUGUCGCCAGAAUGCCUCCCUGCUGAUCUGCCCCCUGCAAAACGUGUGGGAUCUGGCUGGCAGCCCUUAAGGUUGUGUCCUCUAUGCUGGGUCGCAGCCACGCAGGUGUGGGGUGAGGAGGGGGUUUCUCCGUGGUGUGGGUUUGGGUCCUCUUCUGGGGAAGGGGUUGGUUAGGAUUGUGCUCUGAAGCAAUGCACGGCGCAGGUUGCGAAGCCUUAGGGAAAUUUGGAUUGAACUGUCUCUCUUAAUGCCCAGUCCUGAAAGCUUUGUAAAGGUUCAAAGAAAGCAAGGAGGUUUGCUACUGGGAGAGCACGCAGAUACCUGCUAUGCAAUACAAACGCCAGAUGGAAUACAAAAAUAAGAAGCUGUGGUUUAAACCGGUGUGUUUGGUAGCUUUACCAGGCUCUUCAUUUUUGUGUUCAAUUAAAAUGGGACGUGACUACCUUAAAUUCUUCUCACCCAAGUAACAAAACACCAGAGAGCGAGUUACAUAUUAAUAGCAUUUUUAUGCUGGUGGAAACACUAAUCCCUUGCUUUGUAGCACAUCCGGAGCAGGUAUAAUUAAAAACAAAAAUCCCUCCCAUCAAUACUUGGCUUAUAUUCUUCUCCAGCACACUGACUGCCGUUACUCUCAAUGAAGUCUUUCUUCUUCAUGUAAUGUGGGCAUUUCUCAAUCGACUCACAUACUGAUUCAUUCGUCAUCACUAGAUUAUAGUAACUUUUUAUGUUUGGGUUUCCCAGCAGCCUUUUUAAUUCCUACAGCUCAUUCACAAGAUCAGUGAUAACAUACUCGCUAUUAAAGGCACACUUUGCUUUUAAUGGAGCACUCAACUGAAGCGCAGAGAGCUCGGGUGGCUCUGCCUUUUCCCUUCUGAAGGGUGUUUGUCUGCACUCCAACGCUGGGGCUGCUUCCCCGGUUGUCCUUCUGAUCUCAUAAACAGCCAUUGUAAAACUGAGACUUUGAAAAUGAAAGUGACUUUGCGGGAGGGGAAAGAAAUGCAGGAAGUAAAUAUGAAUGGUGAAGGAUGUUGCUUAAACCUGAAAUUCUGUCAAGCUUUAAUGGGUUAAUAAAGUCAACAGGGAGGCAUGUGGGUCAGAGUGGGUUUAAUCUGACAGCUUCUCUCAAGGCAGAACUACUGGUCAAGUUUUCUGUGUUUGAUAUUGGCUGCUACCAGGAGUUAUUAGCACCAUGUUUUUGUCUGCCUGCACAUAAAAAUAUCAACCAAAUUACUGAAAUAAUUCUCGGGGAGACAAAAGCGUAUGUGUUCUUUGAAAGGAGCUAUGGGGACAUGCAUUCAUUUGUUCGCACCUGCAAGAAGCUUAAAGAAGAGGAGGCAGCCAAACUCUUCUAUCAAAUAGCUUCCGCUGUUGCACACUGCCAUGAUGGUGGACUGGUACUGCGAGAUCUGAAGCUGCGAAAGUUUAUUUUCAAGGACGAAGAAAGGACUAGAGUGAAAUUGGAAAGCUUAGAAGAUGCUUAUAUUUUAAGAGGAAAUGAUGACUCUCUUUCUGAUAAGCAUGGAUGCCCAGCCUAUGUGAGUCCAGAGAUCUUGAACACAAAUGGCAGCUACUCUGGCAAAGCAGCGGACGUAUGGAGUCUAGGUGUCAUGCUUUAUACCAUGCUAGUUGGACGCUAUCCUUUCCAUGACAUUGAGCCUAGUUCCCUCUUCAGCAAGAUCCGGCGUGGGCAAUUUAACAUUCCAGAAACUCUGUCCCCUAAGGCAAAAUGCCUCAUACGUAGCAUACUGCGUCGGGAGCCAUCAGAAAGGCUGACUUCACAGGAAAUUCUGGACCAUCCAUGGUUUUCUACAGAUUUUAACGUAUCGAAUUCAGGAUAUGGUGCUAAGGAAGUAUCAGAUCAGCUGGUGCCUGAUGUCAACAUGGAAGAAGACUUGGACCCAUUCUUUAACUGAGCACAAAGACUGGUGUUCAGAAGGUACACAACCUGGAGAUGGACACAUGAAGGAGCCCUUCCUGAUGGUGUUAAAUCACAUCCUGCAUCAGCCUAGCUUGGUAGCAAAUGACACUCGGAGGUCCUCGGAUUGAGGAGGAACCUCCACAAGGAGCUAAUAUAACAAAUGUAGCAUGGGGACAGACUGGGGGGUGGGGGGAGCUUGCUAUCAGGUUAGAUUGAUUUGGAGGAGAAAAGGCAGCAUGGAGCAAUUGUAGCUUCUCACCUUUCUGGAGCCAAGGAGACUGCACAUGCCAACUCUGGUGCAGCUAUAUCACUCCUGUUUCUGUUCCAUUAAAAAUAGUGGUAACUCACAACAAAUAGAAACUUUUUGCCUCAGCUCACAUCUUGGCAUCGCACUGUUAAAUAUUUAACUUCAGCCAUUAUUCAGGGAAAGUACAAUUGGCUAACAUUUUUUUUUAAUCGGAUGUCUAAUAAUUGAUGGAAUUAAUUUAAGAAAAAAUUAGGUGCACAAAGACGGACAUGAAAAGUGGGUGCUAAAAACAAACAAAAUUUCAGUUCAUGUCUCUUGAUAGCUAUUUUCAACUCAUUUCUUCUAAAUAAACUACUUAAUAUUCUUGUCAGGAAAUGACAUUUUAAUGCUUUGUUCCCUUAAGGGGAAGUAACUGUCAUUUAACAAGCUGUUCUGUUUUGUGUCAAAUGGUUUGUUGCAGGAAGCUAUUAUAACUCGAACUUCCAGAUGCAUUACUGCUAUAAAAGGAGAGAAAAAAAAAAUGUAAUUUUUUCAAAAAGAUAUGAGAUACUGGCUUCCAUAUCUGCCAUGCUGCACGUAUAUGACUAGAGAGGACAGAAAGCCCUUAAUUGUCUCUUUAUCUGAGAACCGAUCUCUUCUUUACCUGACUGGCCCACAUGUAAAUAGAGGGCUCUUUAUUACUGAAGAAGAGUAUUGUGGGUUUUGUUUUGUUUUGUUUUUUGCUUUGAAUUCCUCUCAACUUGGGAAAUGAAUUGUUUGGGUUUGAUUAUUAUUUUUUUUUUGUUUAUGUCCAGAAUAAGAAAUAAGAGGGUAUUAAUAAGCUGAACAUUUAUAUUACAGAUAUUCCUCUUGAAACAUACACAGUAAUAUGCACCUUUUGUAUUGUCAAGACUUAUUCUAUUUAUUGAAGAAAAUGUCACAGUAGUGAUGUAUUAAGCCAGUACUUCAAUUACGGGUUGACUUGGGAUGACAUGUUACAUGCUGUAGUUAACACACUUCUUUUCUGUUCAGGUAUUUCUGUCCCUAAAUAACUUUUUAUUUAGCUUUUUUGUUUUUUUUGUUUGUUUUGUUUUGUUUCUGGAUAGCUUUAUUUGAUUUAGACUGGCAAAUGUUUUUAUUACUGCUUUUAUAUUGCUGUAUGAUAUUGAAAUCUCUUGGCAUAAAUAUUUGUGUUUCCAGUACCUCAGUUGUUCUGAUAUUACUGCCUGUAUACGUUUUGUGAAGUGGUCAUGUUUUUUGGGUAGGUACAUGUGGACUCUGUAGUAUGUAAAUGUUACUUGAAUUUGUGCUUAAUUAUAGUAUGUGGCAUGUGCGUACAGCUACUUGGCAUUUGACGUAUGGAUGCUAUUUGCCUGCCUCGCAGGAAAGUUAUGGUCCCACUCUCAAGAGGAUGUUUCACAGUUCUUUAUCAAGAGACAAAGCUAGCUGCAGCUGACCUGCCUUGGUUCUAUUUUGAUAACUAAGAAUAUAAAGGAGUAACGUUUUUACACUCUGAAGAUGGUGCUGUGUCAAGAAGGACUUUUUUUAUUUUAUAAAUACCUUAUAGGAGGAAAGAUUGGUGAUGUGCAUGGUGGGGUUUUACUGCCUCUGGUGCUUUGUCAUGUAUUUGGUUUAAUGUUUUUUGUCCUAAUCUCUUCAAUAAAUAAAAUGUGCAUAUUUAACUAAA